GGCCACGUCGAGUCACCUUGAGGAGUGGAGGAAGAUUACAAGCAUCAUGUAUCGUGUUGUCCUCGCCCUGACGCUGGCCCUUGCUGCCCUCGCCUCCGCCCGUAUGGCUUACGUUCUUCCUGCAGAAGCCGAGGCACUCCUGAGGGCGCGAACCCUCCAGACAACCUUCUCCUGUGACAGCCGCGCCUACGGUUACUACGCAGACGUCGACAAUAACUGCCAGGUCUUUCACGUCUGUUUUCCCCUCACUGACGACACAGGAAGCCUUCUCGAGACGGCCCACUUUUCCUUCAUUUGUGGCAACGAGACUAUCUUCAACCAGGAGUCCCUCACUUGCUCCCACCCUGAGGACGCUGUACCCUGCGAGGAAGCUACCACCCUCUACGACAUCAGCAACUCUGAGUUCGGAGCCAUCCCUGAGGAGAGAUAAGCACAAUCCCACCCUAUACUCCCUGGUGGUGACACGUGUCUCCUAUCUGGGAUAUCCAGGGGCCAAGCCCUAAAAGGAGGUUCGAACCUCUAUUGAUUACACUUCACAGGAUCACGUUCUUGCUGUGUUUCCAUGUGUCCUACUAGUCCACCACAAAUAUAUCUAAUGUGUUAUUUAUGGCUUUGCUGCCGUUGAAUGUCUCUGGCUGUGAAUUUUUAUCCUAUUCUUUUUCCUGUAGUAACUUCAGGAUAGCCAUUACUUUUCUUUCGUUAUUUCAUAUUUUUUCCGCUUAUAUACUUCUUCCUGCGCUAUGGGAGGCCCAUAGCUUCUCAUCAGGUGGAGUGGUGAUGCAGAUCAAAUUUUCCUCUUUCUGGUGAACACAAGUAAUUGCUACUUGUAGUUGCUACUUAUAACGAUAUUGCUCAAAAUCUAUAUUAAUUAAACUUUUGAAAUUACAUACCGUAUCUUUUUAAAUGCCAUAUUUUUUAAUACCGUAAACAGUUUCUAGAGAUAAAGUUUUAGACAGGGAUACAUAAAUCAGGGCAUGAGGAUGGACUACCUGGCUUGAUAUAAAUGAACUAGAGUUUUCUUACACAGGAUAAAACUUUUUAAUAAGACUGGAGUAUUCUUACACAGGAUAAUUUUUUUAACAAAGCUAGAGUUUUCUUACACUGGAUAAAACUUUUUGCAAGACGAGUUGUCUUACACAGGAUAUGAUAUCUGGAAGAACUGGAGUUUACUUACACAAUUACAUAGCAGAGAUAUACCUGCAAGUGACUCACAGUAGUAGGCCAACCCGUAGGUAUUUAUUUUAACUUGUAGGUGGACAGGGUCAAAAGGGAUAAGGAAAAUUGCUUCUAAUAUCGCAACACGGUUCCUGUGCUCCUUGAGGGGGAAAUAGGGAAUUUUCAUGUGACCCAUUAAAUAUGUUUAUUUGUCACCGCUAUGAGCCUGUAAUAAUUUUGUACUGAAUACAGUUAUUGUAGAAUUUUAAAACAACAGUGGAAAUAAGACAAACAGCCCUCGAUGAUAGCGUAACAUGAUUGGAUUAUCUUGAGUAGUUUCCCCUUAAACACAGCUGUGCGACUAGAGAAAACGAACAGCGAAGGCUUUUUAUGAGGGACAACUCAAAACUAUACAAUUAAGCCCCUCAAGGAAGGUUCCUUGAUGUUGGUGAGGGGCUCUUGAUUUAGGGAAUUGGAUCUGUGCUCCAGUUCCCCGAAUUAAGCCUGAAUGCCUUCCACAUCCCCCCAGGUGCUGUAUAAUCCUCCGGGUUUAGC